AUGUUAUGGGUGAGACAUGUCAAACGUGAAGUCUACCCCGAAGAGACGUUCGCAGUCAGUCGCAACGAGGAAAUUGCCAAACAAUCGAAGCUUCUGAAGCUGAAUCCGUUUCUCGAUGAAAAUGGAGUGAUGCGGCUUACGGGCAGACUACAGUGCUCGGACUACCCUGAAGAUAUCAAGUAUCCCAUUCUGCUAUCAAUGAAGCACACGCUAUCCAAGCUGAUUGUUCAGAAUGCACAUGAACUAACGCUACAUGGAGGGGUACAACUGACAUUGUCGACCUUGCGAGAGAAGUGGUGGAUAGUCCAGGCCAGCCAGAUUGUGAACUCGAUCAUACACGACUGCACCGUAUGCGUAAGGUUUCGUGCUACUCGAAUCACAGCGCCAACUGCGCCUUUGCCAGAUGUUCCGACAAACCCGACUCACCCCUUUGAGACCACAGGUGUCGACUUUGCGGGACCGUUGUACAUCAAAGAUAGUAAAGGUUACGAAUCCUCCUCUAAGUAA